AUGAAGUUCCUUGCCUGCCUCUCCACCAUCGCUGCCAUCGUCGCAGCACUCCCUGCUCCCGCAGACGACAACCCCAGCAACACCCUCGCACCUCGCGCCGUCUGCACGCCCACAGCAGGGGGCUCGUCCUCGACAGACGAUGUCCCCGCAAUCGCCUCUGCGCUUUCGACCUGCGGCAAAGGCGGCACCAUCGUGUUCCCAGCCGGAGUGACCUAUUACGCCAACAGCGUCCUCGACCUUUCGGCAUGCGCAAGCUGCGACAUCCAGCUCGAGGGGCUCCUGAAGUUUUCCAGCUCAACCUCCUACUGGUCCGGCAGGACCGCCAUGAUCCUGCUCGAGGAUGCCUCCGGCGUCAAGGUCCGCAGUCUGACGGGCGGCGGCGUCAUCGACGGCAACGGCCAGGACGCGUGGGAUCUCUUCGCGUCCGACAGCUCGUACGCGCGGCCGACGCUGCUUUACAUCACCGGCGGCUCCGACAUCGACGUCAGCGGGCUGCGACAGAAGAACCCCCCGAACGUCUUCGUCUCGGUCAAAGGCGGUGCGGAGCGCGUCGCCUUUUCCAGCCUGAAGCUGGACGCCACCUCCAAGUCGGACAACCCACCCAAGAAUACCGACGGUUUCGACAUCGGCGAGAGCACCGGCGUGACGCUCUACGACAUUGACGUGUCCAACGAUGACGACUGUGUGGCUUUCAAGCCGGGGGCAAAUUAUGUGACCAUCGACCAAAUCACAUGCACCGGCUCGCAUGGCAUCUCGGUGGGAUCGCUGGGCAAGUCGAGUGACGACACGGUCAAGAACGUCUACGCAAGUAACGUUAAAAUGGUCGACAGCACCAAGGCGGCGGGCAUCAAGACUUACCCGAGCGGUGGCAGUCACGGUCUGUCCACCGUCUCCAACGUGACCUUCACUGGCUUCACCGUGCAAAACUGCGAUUAUGCGUUCCAAGUACAGAGCUGCUACGGCGAGGAUGCCGACUACUGCCAAACCAGCCCUGGAAAUGCGCAGAUCAGCGGCGUCGUGGUCAAGGACUUUUCUGGCGAGACAUCUGACAAGUAUGAUCCGACCACGGCCAACAUCAACUGCGGAGCAGGCGGUACCUGCGGCAUCACCAUUUCUGAUUGGACGGUCAAGGCUCCGUCAGGAGAGAACCAGAUCUUGUGUUCAAACACCCCGAGUGCUUUGGGGGUUACGUGCGCCUCAGGGGCCUCUGGAUAA